GAAACGAUUCAGUCUUCUUGAAACCACGCAGCAAUAAAAGACAAGACGUGGAUAAAUAACAAUAACCGCGGGCACAUUCGUUCUCCGCCAAUGUGCCGAUCGUUCGUGCGAAUUUUUUGACGACUCUUUUUUAACGGCCUUCCAUCGAGUUCGUGUAAAGUUUGUGCAACGUUGCAGCCAUCAACUCAUCCUCUUCCGGUGAUCGUUUAAUUGUAUCGAUAUGGAGCAAAAUGGUGUAUCCAUAAUAUCUCCACCGGGUGUCACGGAAAAUUCUGUUGGAAAAUCCAAGAGCAUUGGUAUCACGCUAAGAUCUGGCAGUUUACAAUCGGCUAAGGAAAAGUUGAAGGCACCCUGGUUGAAGAAGAUGGAGGAAGAUAGCACAUUGUGGGACAAGUUGCUGACCGUUCUGGCAGAAUUGAUUGGAACGGCAAUGCUGGUCUUUCUAGGAUGUUCAGCGUGCGUGGGCAGUUUGGGAACUCCGCCACCAAACAUUCAAACCAGCCUCGCUUUCGGUAUCGCUAUCAUGAUCAUAGUACAGAGUAUUGGCCAUAUCAGCGGCGCUCACAUUAAUCCGGCUAUUACAGUAGCCACGGUGAUUCUCGGCAAUAAGUCCCUCCUGAUGGCCGGAUUCUACAUCGUUGCACAAUGCUUGGGUAGCCUGGUAGGCUACGGUUUGUUAAAGAUCAUAACGCCGCAUGGCUUGUUGCACGAUGGUAACAAUAGUACGAUCGAUUCCUUCUGCACGACGAAUAUUAAUGAUCAGUUAACGGCCGUUCAUGGACUCGUAAUCGAGGCUUUAGCCACAGGAAUAUUUGUCUUUUUUGCCUGCGGAAUUUGGGACUCGCGAAAUGCAAAAAACACCGACUCAGUAGCGAUAAAAUUCGGCCUGUGCAUCUCCAUGCUUGCUUUCGCUUUCGUUCCUUACACCGGCUGCAGUAUGAAUCCCGCUAGAACAUUCGGACCAGCGGUCUGGAAUAAUUCCUGGGAUAAUCACUGGAUAUAUUGGCUAGGGCCGAUCGGAGGUGCCAUAAUUGCGGCCCUGAUUUAUCGAUGUUUAUUCUCGCCUAAGACGAAAAAUCAGGAAGGUGGUGUCACGCAUGAUACGGAAACUUUCAAUGGCGUCGAGACGUAGAUGAAAUCGCACAGAUCGAAAAUGUAUUCCAGCUCUCUGGGUGAUUCGCAAAUUGAACAGGAAAUCCUGAAUCGCGCUGGUAUUUUCUUCCUCGGCUGAAAAAGAGGACAUUGUAAAAGUUCCGGCGAAAACUCUUGCGGGGCGCGAUGAAAGAGGAUCGGACAGGCUUCGAACUUUACGGAUUUCUACUUUUAGGAUACUCGUCGGAAAUGUCUCACUUGAAAAUCUUGUAACUCUAAGGAAGGAUCCUAAGGACGCGUUGUAGAUUAAUCUGACAAAUUAUUUUUGUACAUAAAUUCGAUUAAUAAGGUUUCGACGUACCGCAUUCGCAUUCGCUUUUAUGCGAUAGAUGUAGAAAUUCAGGUGCGUUUUUGUUAUCACAUUAUUUGUUAUUUGACGGCGUCACGACCGAGCGAAACAUGACAUAGAAAUGUAUUUUAAGUACAAAAUGCGAAAUAUAGAUUAUAAAUUAUAUAUUCUAAAAAUGUUACUUUAAAAUGAAAAAAUACCGACCAAAUACACGCAUAUAUCUAUUAUAAAUAAGCACAUUCUUGAAAAUUUUCUUCAAAAAAUUAAAAUAUAUAUAAAAAAUAGAUAAUGUUAUGUAUUCAAAUAUUACGCCCGUAACAUUCAUUUGACGCUUGGCCGUGACGCAUACAUGAAUAUUUAUAUUCUUUUGCUACGUAGUUUUCCAGCACUUUCCAAGAUAAUCGUUCUAUGUCGCUGUGACAUAUAAUGAAACACUAAAAUGGCGUGCAAUUUUGUCUUGCCUAGUAAUAUAUAAUUUAGAAUACUAAUUGUCUCGCACUCUCGUUUUUCUCUCUUUCUCUCUCUCUUUUCUUUUUUUUUUUUUCUUUUGCUAUUGUUCACGGCGCGAAGCGCACGUGAAGAAGAAAAUCUCUCUCGCAUGCAUUACGCUGCAGCGGCCGUAUCGCCACGUUUUUUAUUAAUUAUUAGCAAAUUUAUGGGUUGUAUGCAGACCCAGUUCGCUCGCUUCGCAAUUCUACCAAAUUCGCCACCAUCAUAACGUACGCGAUGUAGCUCGUUAAGGCCGACAUCUCUUAUCCCUGUUACGACGAAAUUCGAAAUAACGGAAUUAGUCUCGGCGAAGUCAGGAAAUUGCCUCCAUCGCCGUCGGUCGCGCCAAAGUUUUAAUUGUAUAUUCGAUUUACAUGUUUGUGCGUGCGUACGUGUAUAUGUGUGUAUGUAUGUGUGUAAAUGCGAUUGCAAUUACGCUUCGCGACUUAAUGUAUAUGUAAAUACAAGAUACACAUUCGGACCUCCUCGCUCGUUUCAUAUAUAUCUCUCUCCUCUCCCUCUUCUGUAGAUAACAAUAACUUGUGUGCGAAAUCGCGUGGUACAUUUCCUGGAGUUUCGCAAGGCCUUAUUUUGCGCGCGAACGAUGGGAUAAGAUCGAAUUUUGGAUUACAUGACUGCACCGUGUAUUUACGUAAGUAAUCUUCAAUUGUAAUAAAAUGUGACUUCAAAUAAAUUUCACGUGAUAUUUUGACAAA